GGCUCGGCCUCGGCUCGGCUGCAGUGCGAGCUCGCUGCUCUGCCCUGCUCUGCUCUCCUCUGGGGAAGGAAAUGGUGCUCCUUUCUUCUUCUUCUUCUUUCUCGCUGCCUCACUGGCGCCGCUCCGACUGAUCCAUCGACCCGCCCUUCAGCUUCUUCUAUCUUCUUCUUUGCUCUUCUUCUUGAGCUUGCUCUGUAGCACGCUCUAGUGGUGUGUGAGCUUGGCAGUCAGGGCGGACAGCGGAGGCGGAGGAAGCUCGGUCGCUUGCUGGGGAGCUCGCCAUGGACGCCUACGAGGCGACCAAGGUGGUGUUCUCGCGGAUCCAGGCGCUCGACCCGGACCAUGCCGCCAAGAUCAUGGGCUUCCUGCUCAUCCAGGACCAUGGCGAGAAGGAGAUGAUACGCCUCGCCUUCGGCCCCGAGGCGCUGCUCCACACCGUCAUGGCCAAGGCCAGGAAGGAGCUCGGCCUCCUCCCGGUCUCCGGUCCGGGGACGCCCACCUCCGUCGCCGCUGCCGCGGCAGCGGCGCACUCGCCCUUCAUGCUCUCGCGCCAGAACUCCGGCCGCUGCGGCACUGCGCCGUCGCCGCUGUCGGUGUCGUCACCCUCCUCCUGGGCACCUCCCCCCGUGUUCUCGAGGAACAACAGCAUCAGCAAUGGCGCCGGGGAGGAGAUGGUUGGCCUCGGGGAGGAGCUCAUCAGCCCGGCCAACGGCGGUGGACCGCCGUCGCCGUUCUUUGGUGGCGCGGGGGGCGGGGACCCGCUCAUGGACGAGCUCCAGCUGCAGGACCAGCUCGCGUUCCUCAACGACGGUGGCGUCCCAGCCGGUCACCAGAUGCCCAUGUUCGACGGCGGCGAGUGCCGGAGCCCCGGCGCGGGAGACGGCGGCCUUUUCCCCUACAACCUGGGGUGGGCCAACGGCGGCCCCGGGCACCGCCGGAGCGCCUCCGUCAGCGAGCUCUGCCUCGGCGGCGCCGACGGCCUCGGAUGGAAGCCGUGCCUCUACUACGCGCGCGGGUACUGCAAGAACGGCAGCGCUUGCCGGUUCGUGCACGGAGGCCUCCCCGACGACUCCGCCGCUCUAGGCGGCGGCAAGAUGGACCCGUCCGCCGUGGAGCAGCAGUGCCAGGACUUCCUCAUGCGCUCCAAGUCGCAGCGCCUUGCAGCCGCCGCCUUCCCCUACUCACCCACCGGCUCACUCCCCGGCUCCCCCUCCGCGGCUAGCAAGUGCCUUAGCUUGCUCCUGCAGCAGCAGCAAAACGAGAGCCAAAGGGCGGCGGCAGCGGCGGCGCUGAUGCUAAGCGGCGACGAGGCGCACAAGUUCAUGGGCAGGCCACGGCUGGAUCGCGCCGACUUCGCCAGCAUGAUGAACCCCGGCUCGCGGCAGAUUUACCUCACCUUCCCGGCGGACAGCACCUUCCGCGAGGAGGAUGUCUCCAACUACUUCAGCAUCUACGGCCCCGUCCACGACGUGCGCAUCCCGUACCAGCAGAAGCGCAUGUUCGGGUUCGUCACCUUCGUCUACCCGGAGACGGUCAAGCUGAUCCUGGCCAAGGGCAACCCGCACUUCAUCUGCGACGCCCGCGUGCUCGUCAAGCCCUACAAGGAGAAGGGCAAGGUCCCCGACAAGUACAGGAAGCAGCACCAGCCGGGCGAUAGGGUGGACUUCUCCAGCUGCACUACUCCAACUGGACUGGAUGCCAGAGAUCCCUUCGACAUGCACCAGCUCGGUGCAAGAAUGCUGCAGCACUCCAACAGCGCCAACGAGAUGCUGCUGCGGAGGAAGCUGGAGGAGCAGCAGCAGGCGGCCGAGCUGCAGCAGGCGAUUGAGCUCCACAGCCGCCGCCUCAUGGGGCUGCAGCUGCUAGACUUCAAGUCCCGCGCAGCUGCGGCGCCGACCCCCAUUGGUAAUCCGUUCAGCCCGUCCCAGACCACCGCCACCGCCACCGGCGAGUCGCCGCCUGAUUCCGCAGAGCUCGGUAAGGGAAGCGGCUUCCUUCUUCCUCACAAGAAGGCGGUCAACGGAGUCGAUAAGGAGGAAUCCGCCGGGGAGUCCUCCAGCCCUAACACAGACAGUGACCAAAGCGCUGAGCAUAAUCUGCCGGACAGCCCGUUUGCAUCCCCGACCAAGGCAGCCGCCGGAUUCGGCCGCGAUCCUUUCGCUCCCAGUGAGGCUGAGAUCAUCGCCAGCGCGUCGACCGGCUGUAGCGCCUCCUACGUUGGCAUCAACAAUGGCGGCAGCAACGGCGGCACUAACCAUCUCCUGCCUUCUGCCCUGGACAUGCCAUCGCCGAAACCUUAUUUCUUCCCCAUGUCCAGGCUGGCCUCCGAUCACGGCGCGAUCGGAAUGUAAAGUUGUUCUGAAUGGAAGUGAGUAAUACAACUACUGCCUAAUCCUAGAAUACUAGCAGCAAAGAAAAGAGAAUAGUGGAAUAUAGGAAAAGAGUGGAGAAGUUGCAGCAUAGUGUUAGUUUCAGUCGCCCUCCUUUUUUUUUUCCUUUCCUUUUCUUUUUCAUUUUUCAAGAAGAUAGCUUUAUUAAACCAUAAAGAGAAGAAAGAGGAUGCCCUGGCCUCCAGAAGAGAAGCAGCAGCAUCAUCAUCAAUCAAGCCACCAACAACCACACCACCAAUGUUUUAAAAUGCAGUGCCAAUUUCAGAUAAAAAUUAGGGCCCCCUCCUAUUACUACCAUAUCAUAUCCCACCUUAGUUACUGUUAGCUACUACUAUUACUACCACCCACUCAACCCAACCACCCACCGCCAUUGAUGAAAUUACUACCCAAGUUCUUGAUAAGCUACCACCCAUUACCAUAGCCACUAGUUUUUAUAGCAUUAGGUGUGAUGUUUAGCCACAAGACUAGUACUAGUACCAACCACAAGAUACAUGUAACACUACUGCCUGAUUGCCUGUUUGCAAUGGCAGUAAGUACAGCAGAUAUGUAAUGGACCCAGAACAGAGAGUGAGUGAGAGAGAGGAGGCUAGCUAGUGUAGUGUAUGUAAAAUCACAAGAAGAUGAACAAGUCAGUGUAGGUGUCGAUGAAGGGGAAAGGACCACUCACUGCACCAUUCUGUUGUUGCCAAUAUGGACAUGUGUCAGCCUUGGUGUUCAUGGUGAUGGUCCCCCUGAUCAGCAAAUGCAGUCCAAUACAAGAAAAAAAAGGAAGUUUUUUUUCUUUUUAUAAA